GGCUCCCGAGAAGCCGCGAGUUUCCGCAGGGAGGCGGCGGCGGCAGCUGCGGCCGGGCGGCUGUGAAGAGAGGCCUAGCAGGCGGGGAAAGUGGAGAUCUGCCUUCAAAAGGUCCACAGUCUGUGUUCAGAGUCAAUGCUGCUCACAGUGAAGGUGAUGCCUUUCCUCCAGUCUCACAAAAUGAGUGUGACGUGGUUAGCCAGGCCAGGAGCUCAACCUCACAGACAGUCCAGCCUGCCGCUCUGAUGCAGAAAGGGAGGCAGAAGGUGCCACACUUGGAUGCCCCCCUGGGUCUGCCCACCUGCCUCUGGCUGGAAUUAGCCGGGGUCUUCUUAUUGGUUCCCUGGGUCAUGGGCCUGGCAGGGACAGGUGGGACCGACACACAGGGCAUAGGGGGGCUAAGCUGGGCUGUGCAUCUGGACAGCCUGGAAGGUGAGCAGGAGGAAGAGAGUCUGGCACAAAAGGCAGAUGCCGUGGCCCAGGCAGCAGGGCUAGUGAAUGCUGGGCGUAUUGGAGAGCUCCAGGGGCACUACCUCUUCAUCCAGCCUGUUGGGCACAAGCAAGCCAUGGAGGUGGAGGCCAUGCGGCAACAGGCAGAGGCUGUACUGGCCAGGCAUGAAGCUGUGCGCUGGCACUCAGAGCAGACCCUGCUGAAGCGAGCCAAGCGCAGCAUGCACUUCAAUGACCCCAAGUACCCGAUGCAGUGGCACCUGAAUAAUCGACGAAGCCCUGGCAGGGACAUCAAUGUGACAGGUGUGUGGGAGCGUAAUGUAACUGGACGAGGGGUGACAGUGGUGGUAGUGGACGACGGAGUGGAGCACACCAUCCAGGACAUUGCACCCAACUAUUGCCCAGAGGGUAGCUAUGACCUCAACUCUAAUGACCCUGACCCCAUGCCCCACCCGGAUGAGGAGAAUGGCAACCACCAUGGGACAAGAUGUGCAGGAGAGAUUGCUGCUGUGCCUAACAACAGCUUCUGUGCAGUGGGCGUGGCCUAUGGGAGCCGAAUAGCAGGUAUCCGGGUACUGGAUGGACCACUGACAGACAGCAUGGAGGCUGUGGCGUUCAACAAGCAUUAUCAGAUCAAUGACAUCUACAGCUGCAGCUGGGGCCCAGACGAUGAUGGGAAGACAGUGGACGGCCCCCACCAGCUUGGAAAGGCUGCCUUGCAACAUGGGGUGAUAGCUGGUCGCCAAGGCUUUGGGAGCAUCUUUGUGGUAGCCAGUGGUAAUGGGGGCCAGCACAAUGACAACUGCAACUAUGAUGGCUAUGCCAACUCCAUCUACACCGUCACCAUAGGUGCUGUGGACGAGGAAGGACGGAUGCCUUUCUACGCAGAGGAGUGCGCCUCGAUGCUGGCGGUCACCUUCAGCGGUGGAGACAAGAUGCUGCGGAGCAUUGUAACCACUGACUGGGACCUUCAGAAAGGCACCGGCUGCACAGAGGGCCACACAGGGACCUCAGCUGCAGCCCCUCUGGCAGCUGGCAUGAUCGCCCUCAUGCUGCAGGUGCGGCCCUGCCUCACAUGGCGUGAUGUCCAACACAUCAUUGUCUUCACAGCCACCCAGUAUGAGGAUCGCCAUGCAGAUUGGCUCACCAACGAGGCGGGUUUCAGCCACAGCCACCAGCAUGGCUUCGGCCUGCUCAACGCUUGGAGACUUGUCAAUGCAGCCAAGAUUUGGACAUCUGUCCCAUACUUAGCCUCCUAUGUCAGCCCUGUUCUGAAGGAGAACAAGGCUGUCCCUCAGUCCCCCCACUCACUGGAGGUCCUGUGGAAUGUCAGCAGGAUGGACCUGGAGAUGUCGGGGCUGAAGACCCUGGAGCACGUGGCAGUGACAGUCUCCAUCACUCACCCACGACGUGGCAGUUUGGAAGUGAAACUGUUUUGCCCCAGUGGCAUGAUGUCGCUAAUCGGCGCCCCCCGCAGCAUGGACUCGGAUCCCAGUGGCUUCAAUGAUUGGACCUUCUCCACUGUGCGGUGCUGGGGGGAAAGAGCCAAAGGCGUCUACAAGCUGGUUAUCAGGGAUGUAGGAAACGAGCCACUCCAGGUGGGCAUCCUCCGACAGUGGCAGCUGACCCUGUAUGGCUCUGUGUGGAGCCCCGUGGACAUCAGAGACAGACAAAGGCUAUUAGAAAGUGCCAUGAGUGGAGAAUACCUGCAUGACGACUUCACUCUGCCUUGCCCACCUGGGCUGAAAAUUCCUGAGGAAGAUGGUUACACCAUCACCCCUAACACCCUCAAGACCCUGGUGCUGGUGGGCUGUUUCACCAUCUUCUGGACUAUUUACUACAUGCUGGAAGUGUACUUGAGCCAGAGGAGUGUGGCUUCUGCCCCAGGUUGUAGGAGUGGACCGUGCCGCUGGCCCCCACGGAGCCGAAGAUCCAGGGAGGAGUGGACAGAGUUAGAAUCAGUGCCACUUUGCAACAGCAAGGAUCUAGAUGGAACAGAGACAGAGAGUGGGGGUCCUCCCACCACCUCUGGGCUACUCGUCCCAGACCUGCUUCAUGAGGGGGACUGGAGCCCAUCCCAGAACAAGAAUGCCCCGGACUUCCCUCAUCAACGACCCCCAGAACUGUUGCAGGGGGAGGAGCAGAUCUGCUGACCUCAGGGUCUGACAGGCUUUUCCUGCCCAAAGUUGGGGAAGCUGCUCCCAACUGUGGGGAGCUCUGGGAAGAAGCAGUUCUAAUGCUUACAUCUGGAACCUGAGGCCUCAACAGCAUUCUUGGGUUACCCUCUGGGAGGGUGAGGAGUGUCUUAACCACAAGUGGCAGAGGACUGCUGCCAGAGAGCAGUCUAGCAGAAGCCACAGGAUCUCUUCCAACUGAUGGGAUUUUGGGGUGAGAAGGCCUUGGACAAGGAAUUGGUACCUGUACUGGGCAGGCCUCCAUCCCAUUUGUCUUGUGCAAGCCAGUGACCUAGGUCACAGAGACCCUGACCCUUGCAUGGGUUAAGCAGAUGCUUGCAUGGUCAGAAGAGCACUCAACAGAAAUGUCACAGAGAUUACUGGGGAGAGGCUGGGAAGAGCCCCUACAUGCCUACUCUGCAAGCAGUGGCCUCCAUUCUCCUUUCCCACACUCCUGGUCUCAAGCCAACCUUGAAUGUGCCACUGACUCCUUCACCAUCACCCCUCCUUCCCCCUGAAAGAUCGGUACAAUGCUCCUGGCAUAGCUGGGGAGGCGCUCAGCACCCAGGGUCUGUGCUGCCUCAUUAAGGAAGCCUCCAGCAGGACGGCAAAGCAGGAGUGAAGUGAGAGUGUCUUAGGAGACAGCUUGGGGAGCCACUGCCACUCCAGCCCUGCGACCACCCUGUCUUCCUCUGCAAAGUGCUCAGGGAAAUGGCCCUCCCCUUCCGGAGGCCAGCUAGUCUGCCUCAUCGGCUUGACUUUUCCUCCUUUUUUUGGCCUCCUCCCUUCUUCUGAGCUAGUAGAUUGGUUUGAAUUUUUUUAAUGCUUAAGAUUUGAUUUCCUUUUUUCACAGCAACAUUUUGUUGAAUUUUUUUUCUGCACAGCUUUUCCAAAAUAAAAACCUUCCAAAUAAUUCCACCACUCCCCACCCUUCCUUUCUUGUGCCCCUCAAGGCUACUGAAGGUGGCUAAGUGGCGCCUCUCCCCUCAGCCCUUGAGCCUCACGCCUACCCCUCAACCUGCUUCUUCUGAGCUUCCGGAGGCCAUGGGGGCAUGGAGGCGCCUCCAGAUUACUGCGCCAGCA